UUCAAUGCUGACCAUGUUUCGGAUUAUCGGAAAAAUGGGUUAUACCAAGUCAAAGAUUUUGGCUGACCCUCAACGCCACGGUUACCUCCAACAGUCCACUAUCUCCACUUCUCUGUCCCCAUUUCUCUCCUCUCAUGCAUAACUAACUUCAAAUUUUCACUUCUUUUUAAGCCUACCCAACCCAAGUGAAAGAAAAAGUAGCAUCCUUUCUCAUCUUAUGCCCGAACUCGCUGCUAAAACAACAAUGGCUUCUCAUUUCAGCAUGGUUUUCCUUUUCUCUUCCCUCUUCUUUUACAUUGCAAUUGGUGCUGAAUAUGAAGUAAAUGGCGACGAUGGCUGGAUUGCACCAAAGCAUGACAAUCAAAUUUACAACAAGUGGGCAUCCAGUAACAGGUUCAAGGUUGAUGACAGCAUCCAUUUUAAGUACAAGAAAGACUCGGUUUUGGUGGUGACGCAAGAAGAGUAUGACAAGUGCCAGCCCUCUCAUCCUCAAUUCUUCUCCAACAAUGGUGACACUGUCUUCAAAUUGGACCGACCCGGUUUAUUCUAUUUCAUGAGUGGGGUAACCGGGCACUGCCAGAAAGGACAGAAGAUGAUCAUCAAAGUGUUGGAGCCGGAAACUCCACCGCAUUCCCAGAACCAGAACAGCACCACCAAUACACCAGAGCAUGAGAAGAAUGGUGCAUUUGAGGUUGCUGCUGUUACUGCUUCAACUAUUAUGCUGCUCGUCAUAUCAGCUUUUAUGUAGCAAUUCUCUUUUUGCAUCUCUCAGCUCUUAGUGACUUUUACCUUGUGUUCUUCUUUCAAUCACUUGGAUAAUGUGAUUUCUAGGAUUAAUGAUUUAUGAGACCCUUUGUAUUUGCUGCUAGGUGAUUAUUUUUGUGUUUUACAAAUUUGAUUCAUGUUCUAUUAUAACUAU